GGGUGUUUUGUUGACCAGAGAAGUUGACUAUGAUGAUGAUCAUGAAGAGCCAGCUGCCUCUCUUUCUCCCUCUGGUGGCCAUCAUUCUGAGUGCCUAUCAAGCUACAGGUGUGUCAGCCCAGGAGAGUGACCCCUGUUACAACUACACGAUCCUGAACGACACCUGGAGGUCCACUGAGGUCGUCGGCAACAUCUUCAGCCUCAGGUGUGACGGUGGGGGCCACUGGCAGGGCUGGUACCUGCUUGUCCACCAGAACUACAGUGUCCGGAUGCCUACGAGCUGUGUGCAGCCAUUUCGCUGCGGCACGGCUGGUACCAUCUGGAUGAACGGAUCCCACCCCAGCCCAGAAGAGGGCGUUGUCACCAGGCAGGCGUGUCCCAGCUAUAAUGGGUUCUGCUGCCACCCCUCCUACCCGCUGCCCAACAUCCAAGUCAAAACCUGUCCUGGAAACUACACAGUGUACAAGCUGGAGGAUCCUGUGCACUAUUGUGGUGCAUAUUGUGCAGAUUUUAGCUCUAGAGGUGCCCUUCCCCCUCAAAAGACGAUGGGAAUGAGUUUGACAUUGUCGUCUGCUGAGCGUCUGAAUGAGACUGAAGUUGAGGAGCAGGUCCUACCCCAGUUCAGGGAGUUCCUGCAGCAGCAGGGAAUAGAGCUGAGCAGGAUACGGCUUCGGAGUUUUGAAGAGGUACUGCCCUGAGAGAAAAAGAGGAGAGAGGAUGAAGAGAGAGGAUGAGGAGAGAAGAAAGGAGAGGAUAACGAGGGAAUAGAAGAAGAAGAAGAAG